GAUUUUUUUAUUUUUUAUUUUUUAAAAUUUCAAUCAUCAUCGUUGAUUGUUGUGUAAAUUAAUAUAAUUAAAUAAUUAAGGCCAGAAUUAAGGGAGAGCUAGCCAGCUAGGGUGGUUGAGGGUUUGAAGAUUAUAAUAAAUGGCCGGCGGAGGGGGUGGAGGCAGGGAGCUGGAUCAGACACCAACGUGGGCUCUGGCCACCGUCUGUUUCAUUAUCAUUAUUAUUUCCAUCCUUUUGGAAAAGGUUCUUCAUAUGAUCGGACAUUGGUUUGAACAUAGAAAAAAGAGUGGAUUGCUUGAAGCUCUUGAGAAAGUGAAAGGAGAGCUUAUGGUUUUGGGAUUUAUUUCUCUGUUGCUAACAUUUGGGCAACAGUACAUCGCUAAAGUGUGUAUUCCGAUAGAGGCAGCAGACACAAUGUUGCCUUGCCCAUACAGAGGGGAAGAGCAAGAAGGAGGUGGUGGUGGUGGUGGUGGUGGAGAUCAUCGUCGCAGGCUUUUAUGGUAUGAACGCAGAUAUUUAGCCGGUGGUGGCGAUGGUCCAGGCUGCAAGGAGGGAAAAGUGCCGCUCAUAUCUACAAAUGGAUUACAUCAACUGCACAUCUUCAUAUUCUUUUUGGCAAUAUUUCACGUUGUAUACGGUGCCAUAACCAUGACACUUGGAAGAUUAAAGAUUCGUGCGUGGAAGGUAUGGGAACGAGAGAUGGAAUUUGAUAAUGAAUUCAAUGAUCCUACAAAAUUCAGGCUUACUCACGAGACAUCAUUUGUUAGAGACCACACAAGAUGUUGGACUAAAAACCCAUUUACCUUCUAUUUUGUAAGCUUUCUUCGACAAUUCUUUAGGUCCGUCCGCAGGGCCGACUACUUGACCAUGCGACAUGGAUUCGUCACGGUCCAUUUAGCACCUGGAAGUAAGUUUGACUUUCAAAAGUAUAUCAAAAGGUCAUUAGAAGAUGACUUUAAGGUAGUUGUGGGAAUCAGUCCACUGUUGUGGACUUCAAUGGUUCUCUACCUGCUUCUCAAUGUUCAUGGAUGGGAGGCUAUGUUUGUGCUGUCCAUACUUCCUCUUGUUAUAAUAUUAGCUGUUGGAACAAAGCUGCAAGCAAUUAUAUCUCAAAUGGCACUUGAGAUCCAAGAAAGACAUGCUGUAGUCCAAGGGAUACCUCUGGUGCAAGUCUCAGACAAGCAUUUCUGGUUUAGCUGGCCUCAGUUUGUUCUUUAUUUGAUCCAUUUUGUCCUGUUUCAGAAUGCAUUUGAGAUAACAUAUUUCUUUUGGAUAUGGUACGAGUUUGGGAUAAGAUCUUGUUUCCAUGAUAAUUUCGUUCUUACAAUACUCAGAGUUGCACUUGGGGUAUGCGUCCAAGUUAUGUGCAGCUACAUCACACUUCCCCUAUAUGCAUUGGUUACGCAGAUGGGAUCAACAAUGAAGAAGUCAAUCUUUGAUGAACAAACUAACAAAGCUUUAAAGAUAUGGCAAAAGAAUGCUGCUGCAAAGAAGAAGAGUGACGGGAAGCCGGCAGCUAAACCCGGUGGCGAUUCAGUAACAAAGGCUCCAACAAAGGCUGAAAUGGAAAAAGGUCCAUCAACUCCUGAACAGACGGCAAACAUCAUGGCCAGUGUAGAUAUUCAAGGCAACACGAAUGACCUCCUAACAGGAGGACCAUGAGAUUAUGGUGAGAUUGCGGCGCUGAAUGUGGGAGAAAAAUAUUGACAAUAUUGUUGGGGCUCCGGAAAGGCCAUGCACUCACCAUUGGUUGUGCCAUUUUGCAAACUGACCAAAUUAUUAACAUGAACCUAAUCUUCUACAAGUGCCAGGCCAGAACACAUCUUGAGUUCCUGAUAAAUAACAACAUGGGCUCCAAUUUAUGUGGCGAUCGAUAGUCUAGAUCCCUUCUUUGUAUGUAAUAUUAUAUAUUAUUUCUUUGCAGUUUUGUUAUGAAACCAAUAUCAGCUACAUGGUGGAUUCAUUUGGUUUAAAUUUAAAGUUGAAGACACAAGCAAGUACCUUCUAAAUUUAGCUCAUCUCAAGUUCUGUAAAUUAUGUGUACUUUCAAGACAUUAUCAGUUACCAUUUUACUCAUAGUGUUCCUUUA